AUGGCAGCGGCCAUUGAAUCUGCAGAGAGGCAAUGUCAAUGUGAGACUAAGUUGAGCAGAGUGCAGCAAAACGAGCAUGAAGAGGAGUUUGCCAAGGUUGCUGUAUCAACAGAGCUCAAAAACCCAGCCAGCAUGACACCCUACGGUUGCCCACCGGGACUGCCGAAGAUCCAGAGCAUUCUGCAAGACGAAGGAUCCGAGAAGUUCUCCAUGCACCACUAUGAGCGCUACUAUGCCAGCUGGUUCCGGGAGAUGCGCUGCAGGUCCACUCUGAGACUUGUGGAGAUUGGCGCGAGCCAAGCUUCGUUGAAAGCAUGGGAUCGGAUGUUUCAAUCGUCCAGCAAGACCAUCCUAGGUGUUGCGGACAGCGACAGAUCCUCGGAAAAUACCAUGGAUUCCUUGAUUUCCAAGCGACCCUGGGACAUCAUCAUCGACAACGGUUCCAGUGCAGCUGGCCAGAUGCUCUUCCGCCUGUUUUCCUUGUGGAACACCUUGGCACCGGGUGGUGUGUACAUCAUUCAGAACCUGCAUGCCAACUUUGGGGUCAACGAGGUCGCUGCAGAGAGACCACUGGCGAAUCAAGCAUGGGCUGUAGUACAAAAAAUUGAGGAGAUCCAACAAGUUCUGAUGCGUCGCCAUCUGGGCACACGGGACUUGAGUGUCAUGCCGGGCGAUGAAAGUCUGAUCUCCGUGGAAUGGGGGAUGAAUUUGGUGAAAUUGAGAAAAUGCACUGAACUGGAAUGUGCAAGUCCUCCAUUUUGGCGAGAGGUCCGGGUGGACAUGGAUCGUAUGGUCGCGUGGAACAAAAGGGCUACAGCAACCAAUCCCAAGAUCACCAAACGACCUGGCACUUUGCCGCAGCCAAUGUCGCAGCCGCGGUCCAUUGAACCGCCAGCUUUUGCAGAUGUCAGCGGCUCCCCAUACCCAUGCCCAAGGGGAUUGAGAUCGAUCGCAAGUGUGAUCAAACGGAGUGGCUCUGACAAGUGGAGUGCCCAUCACUAUGACCACUACUACGAGAGGUGGUUCCGGGAGAUUCGCUGCAAGCCCAAGAUCAAGGUCAUCGAGAUCGGUGCCAACCAGGGUCACUCCUUGAACGCCUGGGACACGAUCUUCACCUCACCGGGGAAGACGGUGCUGGGCUUGGCCUAUGGCGGCCCUGCCAUGGGAGUGGAGAAUAAGGUGAGACGUGGCGUGGGAGUGCUCUUUGGAGAUCAGUCCAAGAAGAAGACCAUGGAAGAUUUAAUCGCAAGGGGGCCGUGGGAUAUCAUCAUCGACGAUGGUUCGCAUGUGCCCUACCACCAGGUUUUCUCAUUCUUCUCCCUGUGGAAAGCUGUGGUUCCUGGUGGUCUCUAUGUCAUUGAAGACUUGGAGACCAACUAUUGGGAGCCUGGCAGAAAGGUCUACGGGUACACCAUGACAAACACGGGCAUCGAUGCGGACGCGAGCAAUUCUGCGGUGAAGAAAGUGUUACAGUUGACCAAAGCUCUGAUGAGAUUCCAACUGGGUGCCCGAGGUCUCACAGUGAUGCCUGGUGAUGGUGACAUUUGCUCGGUGGAAUGGGGAAAAAAUCUGGUAAAGAUCCAAAAAUGCACAGAGGAGGAGGCGGCUGCGAAUCCAACAUGGAAAACACCCAUCUUUGAUCCACAGGAAAUGGAAGCGUGGAUCCAGCAGGCACAAAGAACAAAUCCACGCGUCUGA